CGCGCCGCUAAACAUGAGCAAAGUGACGAUGCCUCCGAGGCGAUGGCCACCAUUUCCAAGCACUUUUGCCACCUGCACGGCCAGCUCCAGGUGGCCGAACUCCAGAUCAUCGAGAAGCUGCGCGAAUGCAGUCUGCCGCCCCAAAUGGAACUCAACGAGGCAAUGGGCAAACUAAAAGCCUUCGAAAGUCUUAUUUUGAAAUUGAAACAAAUUCUGAAAAGCGGCCUUGAAACUCAGUCUCGUGUCCCUGAAAAUGUCUCUAUGGAGAAUUUUUUGAAGAUUAUAUACGAAACCCUGGAGAAAACCCCCAGCUCCGUCGAAAUACAGAAAAAUAAGGGAACUUCCUAUCGUUUCAUCACCAAUUCGAUUGACUUGACCAAUACAUUGAACUUUACUUUUGUGGAUCCUAACAUUCGAGUUGAAUUCGACUUUCAUCGAUCCCACCGCCUUCCGAUCGGCAUGGGUGACAAAUCCUUUUCCCAGAGCUCCGUCAGCGAGAAGGAGAAUGUUCGCCACUUUUUCGGCAAACCUCAAUCUCAGCGUUCGAUGACACCCCAGAACCUUCGGGGAAAAACUUCGAAGGGAUAUCAGUCCAGUCGUUUCUCCGUCUCCCAGCCGAAUGAUCGAUACAUUGUCAACAAUUUCUCGGCUCUUGAUAUAGCCAAUCUUCCAGCAUCUUCCUCAAGAAAUAUUCAAGAUUUCUUCAAUAAGGGUUCGUCAACAUCUUCUUCAAGGAACGACGACUGGCUAAAACCGGGUUCUUCGGUGAAGUUGCUUUUCAUUAAGUCGCCGGAAGAUUUUUACCUUCAGGAUGUUGAAGGCGCUCAUAAAGUUCGCGAUGAACUGGAACGCUAUGCCCAGAGGCUCGACGACAACAGUUCGUCUGCGCCAUCAGUGAUUGAGAUGGGCCAGAAAUACCUUACAUAUCACCAGGAUAAGGACUGCUUCUAUCGCAGCGUGGUCAUUAUGAAACUAGCCGGUAGAGACACGUCCAAGGUGUAUCUUCCCGAUAUGGGCUUCGAUUUGGAGGUUGACAACAGCAAUUUUCAUAAUUUGCCAAAGAGCCUGGCUCACAUUGACUAUGCCGCUGCCCGCUGCCGCCUCAAGGAUUUGGCUCCCAAAGACGAAGCAUCAAAAUGGGACUCCGGGGCUACUGAAUUCCUCAAGCUGGUGGUGCAAAACAGCCCAGUGAAGCUGCACGAAAUUAGACGUAUAUCCUCCGAUUUUUAUGAGGUUGACCUUCGUGUCAAAAACAACACCAUGGAUAUCUCGGUUCGCGAGUCUUUUUUAUAUGCUGGCCUGGCACGCUCCCGUACCGGAAAGGGAUCGGUCACUGGCCGCAUUGCUCCGCAACGCCUUCAAUUGCAAAAAUACCCGUUGCAGUACCGCGACUUGUUCAUGGUUCAAAUGCAGCAUGUGGAACAUCCACAGGAGUUCUAUAUAACGCAUCACAACUGGGAGGUCCAGCGUUCCAGACACAGCACAGACUUGAACGAGUUCAUGCGUCGCAUGGACAAUAUCCAGCUGGAGAACCUUUUCUUGGGGCUGGUUCACCUCGCUUGUGCCGUCCAAUUGGAUGGAGUAUGGAAACGAGCCCGAGUCGAGAAAAUCUUGUCCGCGGGUUACGUGAUGAUCCGCCUGGUGGACGAGGGUCACGCCAAAAAAGUGUAUUGGGAUCAGCUGUUUGUGCUACCACAAAACUUCUGGAGUUCCGAGGCGGCCAUAAGGUGCUGCCUUGCCGAUGUGGAGACUCGUCCGAAAACGGACUACAUGUGGACUCCAGAGGCAAUAAACUACUUUAAGCAGCUUACCUCAAAUCCGAAACUAUACGUUGAUGUGCUACAUUACAGCGACGACCUAGCCUAUGUGGCUUUGACUUACACACGUUCUGUCGAAGGUGAGUCAACGACCAUGAGUGUUGGGGUCCAAAUGGUGGCCAUGGGGCACUGCACAUCGAGUGGUGAAAGCAGCAAAGCGAUCAGGCCAUCUAAUGUGGCUCGGUCUCCGGGCCUCGAUGCUGACACCCGCAGGUUCUUGGAUCAGCAAAAGAAAAAGGCAAAGGCAGUCGAGCUGACUCCGUUCCAACGUCCCGACGAAAAGGAGCGCAAUAAGCGCAUAGUGGUUAAUAUAGUCUAUGUUCGUAAGCCGGAUGAAUUCUACUUGACCUUGCCCCAUUUCCAACCAGCAAUCGAGGAACUGAAAAAGACAGUACAGGCUGCAGCCGCAGCGAUGUACAGGGACCAGGUCCCUAAGACGAACUGGCAAAUAGGCGACAUGUGCUACGUGAAGGUUUUGGCCCAGUCGGAUCAGGACCUACUCUGGCAUCGUGGUCUUGUUACCAAAGUCUUUACUCCUGAAUUCGAAUCGCAGCUGCCACGCUACCAAGUACAGCUUAGAGACUUGGGAGAACAGGUCGAAAACGUAAGCAGCACCUGCAUGGCCAAUAUCGACGAAGGCAACAUGCGCAUCUCCAAUAGUGCCAAACGCUGUCAUCUUUACGGAAUUCGUCCUCCUGGAAAUGGAUGGUCUGCUAAUGCAAUAGAAUUCUUUGAAGAUCAAAUUCGUGCCUACAACCAUAAUCUCCAUGUCACUGGGCGUGGACACUCGGAGAAUUCCUUGAGUGUUAUCCUCUGGGGAGCUCGCACCGAAAUACCUGGCCCCUUCUCACCAGCUCGCACAACGUUUGUGAAUAUCAACAAGACCAUUGUAUUGGCCGGAUUCGCAAUAGAGGAUCAUGAUACCGAUGAAUCGAUGCAGGAUAUUGCUAGCAUUGACCCUUCAGUAGCAUCAACCGACACCAGCGACAUUAAGGCUAUGCAAAAUUUAAUGGAUAAAAUCGACAAUAAGGUUGUUGUGAACAAUCACGAGACUGUGGACUCACCACGACCCUAUGGAGGUUUCCAGCACAACGAGGAAAUGCCGCCCAUGGAACUUCUACAGGAUUUGGGUAAAUCAAAGCCCUCGACAGGCCAGAAAGUGCCUCCCGUGGCAUGGACAACACCACGUCCUUGCAAGAAAACUAUCUUCGCGGGCAUUGCGUCUAAUGUCAGCUACGAGGGCAACGUAUAUUUGGGUCUGGCCUCCGAUAAAACGUUUUUGGAACAUAUGCGCGGGUUGCUGAUUAAAGAAUACCUGGGAAUGAUGGAAAAGCAGCACGAAAGAUCAACAUCGUUCAGCUACGAGGUGGGCCAGCCGGUUCUGGUCAGCUAUCACAUGGAUAAUUUGCUUUAUCGCGGAAUUGUACAGCGUCAAAACCAAAAUGAACAGUAUACCGUAUACUAUGUGGACUACGGAAACAUGGAACAAGUCUCGGCAUACGAGAUGCUGCCAUAUGCGCCGUUCCCUAAGUUGCAUGCCAUGUGCUGGAAGGUUUCCGUGCACGGCGUAAAGCCAAAAAACGUCAAGUAUUCGGUUAAAGAAAUGGACACAUUGCACCAGCAGGUUGUAAUGAAACUAAGUAGCAUUCGUGUCAUAGAGCGAAGUGAUGGCGAGUCCAACAAGAUCCCAUCUUGCCAAAUCAAGGUCAACAAUCAAGACAUUGCCACUUUCAUGAUUGAGUGCGGCAUGGCAGUAGCUGUGGAUACCGAUGCCUUAAGACCAAAUUCCACUUACAUGCCCUCCAAAAAGGCUUUGGAGGAGUUUAAGGUUUUCGAGGAACUAGACAAUCUGGCUGCUGGAAUUGACUCGGUGAUUGUCAAAAAAGGGAAACCGGCCCAACGCAAAGAUGAAUCUGUUUCUACCGCCCGACCCCCGCCACCCAAGAAAAAGUACGUAGUGAACCGCAGAGAGGUGGACCUUUUCGAGAGCGACCAGGAUUUUGACUGCCAGGAGGCGGCCCUGGAAAUGUACAACAACAUUAAUAUUCCGCAUCGCCGGAUGAACAAUUUCAUACCCGAUAGUGAUAGCGAUUCUGAUGAAGACGAGGACUCUGUAUCUUUAAACGAUGAGGACGAUCGGGACGUUGUUGUUGAGGAAGAAUUCACUAAUGUGAGUGAUUCUGAAAUAAACCCAACAAACGUCCAAUCUGUGGACAUCGUAUCUAAUCAACUUAAGCGACGUAUCGAGUUGCAUCAAGAGGAUAUGAGCCAACAAGCGUGCUUCUCACCCAUGGAUACAUCUACUGUCAGGUCAUUGUACCAAGCUGGAAGCAGUUUUAAGACGCUCCAUCUUCCCACCGGCGUCAAGCAGUUUAUGUGCACCGUGGACAACGUCCUGUCUGCCACUGAGCUACAGAUCUCACCGCGCCUCUCCGAGUUCACCAAGCACGACAUUAACUUGCUCCACGAAACUAGCGCUCUAAUCAGUAUGUCAGAGCCUCUUAUUCCUAAGCUAGGGGACUUGUGCCUGGCAAGGUACUCAAAGGACAAGAAGUGGUACCGUGGCACCAUAGAAGAGGUUCAGCCCGGUACUAACCAGGCCACCGUAUUCUACAUCGAUUUCCACGACACCGAAAGUGUUCCCUACAGUCAUCUUAAGGUGAUGCCAGAACAACUGCGCAUGUUUCCGUUGCGCUCGUUCCGCGUUAAGUUGCACAACAUAAAAAUGAAUAGGAAUUUCAAGGGAAAGACCGUGGUGCAGGCUUUGAAGGCAUGCCUCUGUAAAUACACCGAUAUUUUUGCCCGGGUUCACUACCCAAAGAACUACCAUGCUAAUAGGAGCGAUUGCUCCGACGAGGGAUACGACCAAAUCGAAGUGGAUCUAUUUGAAAGCAAGAACAAAAAGAAGCUCUUAUACCAAGCUCUAAUCGAUAGCUGGAUGUUCAUAAAGAAAGCUAAUAAGUAAAAAAACCUAACUCAUUUUUUAUAAUUAUUACAAACCAUAACUUACUCAGGGAACUGCGAUAGUACGCAAUUUUUGUUUAUCCAUUUACGUUAUUUAAAAUUACAUAAGAGAAUAUGUAUCCAUUUAAUUUGUCCCUUUUAUAUAUAUCAUUUAAAUACUUUCUUUCGAAUUAAAUCAUUUAAACCUAA